AUGCAUAGCAUCGAUCUAUCUAUAUAUGAGGUUUAUGCCUUUGAAGAAAAAGAGAAGGAAGAUGUUAAUAACUUACAAAAAGAAUUUAAAAAGAAAAUUAAUGCAUAUGUGAAUUCUGAUAUUAAUACAAAUGCAGACAAUACUUUUGUUGAUUGGGAUUUAGCUAUAGAGCAUAUCGAAAAGCAUAGUAUAGAAAAUGGAUUUGAAGUUGUAAAAUAUCGACUUCAAAAAAAUAAAAGAAAUGAAGUUGUUCAUCAUACUUUUGAAUGCAAAAAUUCUGAAAUGCUAGAGGAGAUUAAAUUUCUUACAAAUAUUGGUUGUGGCAUGGGUCUGAUUAUCUGUGAACUUCAAGAAUGCUUUCCUGAUGCUACUAAUGCAGCUAUAACAUAUGAGAAAUUAAUGCAACUACAAUAUGAAGAACAUGGGUGGUUCAUUGAUGCGAG